AUCUUACAUUCCCUCAAUUAGUAUUCUUCAAGACUGAAUAUCCAUGGAAAACCACAAAGAUGUAGGGAUCAAUUUUGGGAGAUCACUAAUAGUACCAUGUGUCCAAGAACUUGCUAAGAAAUCCAUCACAAAGAUCCCACCUCGUUAUGUACGCCAAGAUCAUCAGAAACCCUUAUUCAAAUCAUCCGAUGACACCUCCACUCUAUCUAUACCUGUGAUUGAUCUUCACACCUUAUUUUCAACCGAUUCUGAAUCUUCCACUUAUUCCUCUGAGCUCAAUAAGCUUCAUUCAGCUUCUAAAGAAUGGGGUUUCUUCCAGGUUAUAAACCAUGGAAUAAGUGAGUCUUUAUUAGAGGAUUUCAAGAGUGAAGUUUUGAAGUUGUUCAAGCUUCCAAUGGAGGAGAAAGAAAAGCUUUGGCAGAAAGAAGACUGCCAAGAGGGUUUCGGUCAACUGUUUGUUGCAUCCGAGGAUCAGAAGCUUGAUUGGUGUGACAAGUUUUACGUAAAUACCCUUCCAUAUAAUAUCAGAAAUUCUAAACUGUUUCAGAAGUUACCUCCCAUCCUCAGUGAGAAGGUGGACACAUACUCUAGGGAAAUAAAAAAGCUAGCAGUAGGCAUCUUGGGUGAAAUGGGUAAGGCUCUAGGGAUGAGCAAGGAGGAAAUGAGGGAGUUAUUUGAUGAUGGGGCCCAGUUCCUACAAAUGAAUUAUUAUCCCCAAUGUCCUGAACCAGAAUUGGCUAUGGGAUUCUCCCCUCAUUCUGAUGCAACUGGAUUAACAAUCCUCUAUCAACUAACCAAAAACACUGGCCUCCAAGUUCGAAAAAAUGGAAAAUGGGUAUCCGUCAAACCUUUGCCAAAUGCUUUGGUAGUCAACAUUGGGGACAUAAUGGAGGUUGUAAGUAAUGGUGUAUACAAGAGCAUAGAGCAUUGUGCAACAGUGCAAUCAAACGAAGAUAGGUUAUCAGUGGCAACAUUCUACAGCUCCAAUAUGGGUGUAGAAGUAGGCCCCGCAAGAAGCCUUGUUGCACAACAUAAUGUAGCAAACUUUCGACGUGUCACUUUUGAGGAAUAUUACAAGGAUUUUUUUGCUCGAAAGCUUGAUGGUAAAUCAAACUUGGAGUUUAUGAAACUUUAAGCGUACUUGAAUGAAAAAGGUUAUAUAGUUUGAACUAUAUCGAUGGUUUCUUUUGUUUUGUGAAAUUCAAAAUCGUUCUAAAGUAUUGUAAGAAAAGUUGGUAGUUGUAGUUUAGCCUCAUUCUCAAUUUUUGUAUGUCGGGUAUUUUAACCGAGUUUUUUUUAUAAAUAAACAUCUUUUGUAUGUGUUCACAAUCAGCAAAGUUAAAAGCUUCAUUCAUGAAUCAUGAUAACCAUAUCCUUUUGCCUCAUUUAAUGGAGCUUCAUACUUCAAAAAGAAAUAAAACCAGAAAACACAACAAACCUACAAUUCAACUACGUAACAUUUUUCUUCAAUUCUUCAACUUUCAUAUAAUCCAAAAAU